UAAGAAUAAAAAUAACAAGAAAACAAUAUCUCUCUCUCUCUCUCUAAAAAACGAGAAGCAAAAAUAAUUACUCUCUCACUUCGAUUCAAUUUACCCCAUGAAAACUCUGCUCUCAUAGAAGAAAACAGGUGACAGAAGUAAAACUGAUUAUUGAGCAUUGAGUUCAAGUAAGAAACUAAGAAUCCGUCUAGUAUUGUAUGAAUAUCAAGAUAAGUGGGAUUUAGGAGACCGGAACCUGGUCUGGGCUCUAAUAUUUCAUGAUAUAAAGUGAGAGAUGGCUUCAAUCCUUUUAGGUCAGAAUGGAGAUCGCAUAGCUGAAAUUCCUCGUGAGCAGUUCCUGCGACCAGACUCGGAUGACUGUGGAGAGGCACAGGUCUGCCCUCUAAUUCCAUCAGAUUCCUAUGAUGCAGGUGAUGCAUUUGGAGAGCCAGAUAUUCUGCCACGAAUUGGAGAUGAAUAUCAAGCCGAACUUCCUCAACUUCUUGGAGAGCCCGCUAAUGUUUCUUGCUCAAGGACGCGUUCCCACCAAAAUUCCUUGGUUGGGUUACCCAUACCAUUAACAUGGAUCGGUAGCAAGAAACAUGAGGGACCAGAAAUUUUUUCAGAUUCCAGACGUCCCAAUCCUAAGAAUCUAGCUGAAACAAGCACUUAUUCCAGUGGUGAGACUGGACCUUCUCAUUAUUCAAUGAAGGCUAAAGACGAAUCACAGAAUUUACCAUCUGACGAGAGUAUACUGGAGUGCAGUGGUGGAGGUCAUUCUUUUUUGGUUCCUGGAUUACUCAGUGAAAGUUGGAGUGAAACUGAAAAGGCUAGCUUCCUUCUAGGAUUGUACAUUUUUGAGAAGAAUUUUGUCGAGCUGAAGCGAUUCCUUGAAACUAAAGAAAUGGGCGCAAUACUCUCAUUCUAUUAUGGUGAAUUUUACCGUUCGGAUGUAUAUCGUAGAUGGUCAGAGGGUCGAAGAACAAGGAGCAAGAAAUGUGUAUACGGGCAGAGGAUAUUUUCCGGAUUCAGGCAGCAGGAACUGCUAUCUCGGUUACUUCCCAGAGUGUCAGAAGAACGCAGAAGUGCUUUGCUGGAGGUGUCUAAGAAUUUUGGGGAAGAAAAAAUGCUGUUAGUAGACUAUGUCUCUUCCUUGAAGGCCCUGGUGGGGAUGAACAUUCUUGUAGAAGCUGUUGCCAUUGGUACAGGAAAACAAGAUCUCACCAGAAUGGCCUUGGAACCUUUGAGGUCGAAUCAAGCGAUCCCUGUCCGUCCGGAGAUGCCAACGGGAAAACGAUGCUCCUCCCUUACAACAACUGAGAUUAUUAAGUUCUUAAGUGGAGAUUAUCGGUUGAGCAAGGCUCGGUCAAAUGACUUGUUCUGGGAAGCAGUUUGGCCGCGUUUGCUGGCAAGAGGUUGGCAUUCUGAGCAGCCUCAAAAUCCACGGCAUGUUGCUGGUUCCAACAAACAUUGCUUGGUUUUCCUUAUGCCCGGCAUAAAGAAAUUCUCAAGAAGGAAACUGGUCAAAGGCUAUCACUACUUUGACUCUGUUACUGAUGUUUUGGGCAAAGUUAGAAAGGAGCCUGGGCUGAUUGACCUUGACAAUGAAGAAACCGAUGGUAACAAGAAAGAAGAAGGACAUGAACGGGCUGGUAAGAAAAAGUUGAAAGAAGAUGAGAAUUAUCGGCCAACAAGGCACCGUCGUUCUUAUCUGCAACCAAGGACUAGUAAUUGCAGUAUGGACGACACAAGAUUCACAGUAGUAGACACGAGUCUUUCCGAUGGCAAAGUAAGAGAACUAAGAGCUCUUCCAUCUGAAACUUCGAAUAUGAUGUCGAUCUCUCUCGUCCAUACUCAAGGUGGUGCUCAGGUUACUCUUGAGGAGAACAAUGGUGAAUCUGACGCUACCAAUACCAUCACUCCUGAUGCUUAUGCGGCAGAUAAUCCGACAGCUAAAACCAGUAGGAAAACAUUUCCUGCCAGGAAAAAGCAUGAUGAUAAUUCCUCAUUUCAGGACACUCAUACUGUUUAUCCUGAUAUUAGUAAAACAUCAGGUCCUGAUUUGAAAAACAAGAAGGGUUUAAUCGAUAAGAAGCAAUCGAGAAAAGUCCCCAAACCCCACUUGAGACGGAAGCAGGAACAAGGUGAUGUUGAUUAUACAGCUCCCAUCAGCAAACGUUGCCGGAGAUUAACUGCUAAUGGUUGUGAUGAGGUGAGAGAUGGGGUGAUCCGUUCCUCCAUAGCUCCCAGAUCAGGAAACAGCACGUCCUAUUGCAGUUCAGGCACUCGUGAAUUUAAUGAGAACGUAUCUUCUCAAGUGAGGUUGUGCCAGGAUAAGUUGUUGUCCUCCAGCUCAUCAAAAGGUGAUAAGUUGUUGCCCACCAGCUCAUCAAAAGGUAGUCCCCACGAGAGCAUCAAGUGUAAUCCUGUCAGUAGUAUUCAUGCCAAAGAACCCUCCCCAGAGAACACUCGAACUCCGUUCUUGAUCGACCUUAACUUGCCUCAACUAUCCCCUGAAAUUGAGGAUUAUUCUGUUGCUACAGAUAUGAGGAUGGAUCAAAAUGAUGGGUCGAUCAAGCCUGAAAACCACUGUUUAUCAAAGUCCUCGGAUAUUGAGGCAGGAAUGGAGCUGCCUUCUACUGUGAAUCCCCUGAGGCAUAGUACAAGGAACCGCCCGCCAACAACCCGAGCACUGGAAGCUGUAGCAGAUGGAUAUUUAACUGUAAACAGGAGGCGGAGAAGUAGGGAUACAAGCUCAAGGGGAAACAUAGCAUCGAGACGUUCACAACGUGCCCGUCGUGUGGUAGCGCCUAAUGACUCUCCCAACAGUUCCAUGGCUUCCCAUAUUGAAGAAGCUGAAAAUGGUGUAUCUAAUACUGGCACCAACAAUAUGUUCAGCAAAUUUCACAUUCCUACAGAAGCAAAUAACGAGUCAGUCCCAAGACAAUGAGUUGGGAGUCUGAGCUCAUAAUCUAGCCUAUUUCACAUUCCUGCAUUGGACUAACCUUCAUGUACGAGCCGCCACAUCAGACAACUGAAUGUAAGAAAUCACAGUUUCCAAUGUCCGUAAACACCAGAAACAGGUGAAGCGAGAAAACCCUUUGCUGUUUAAGCCAAGACUCAAGAACGAUCAUCGAACAGAUACAUGCAGUCAGAUAAGGUUUCUGGUUCUCUUCUGCUAAUGAAAUGUCUGUAUGUUCUUGUUGUACCUGUUAAAUUUUGUGUAUACACCGUUUUCUUGACGAUUAUAGAUAGUUUUGCUGCUGAUACAUGGUCCUGCUCUCACCGACCAGUCCUGUCUUUCGUGAUGGUAGAAACUGGUUCUUGAACUUGUCGUUGCAUGGAUGAUAUCGUUAGGCGAACAAAGAUUAUUGAGGAGAUGAAAAAUAAAAGCUCGUACAAUCCGUGGCUUCUGUAAAGAUGAUAGAUGAUUUUGUAUUUUUAUUUUCUUUUUCAAUUCUUGGUAUCAACUUCUGGACAAGUCGAAGGACUUUUAUACUUAAUCCUCAGAAUUUUUGUCUUUUCAUUUGUGUUUCUUGGCAAUAAUACUUUGCACUCUUU